UGUCAGGAAGAGCGUUAGACGGAUAGAAAGUAAGAGGAUGAGAGCUGAAAACGAACAUUGUCUGCAUAAAUGAUCCAGGAAAUGUCACGUGGAGAUUCUGAGUCUGGACAUUUAGAUGAGGUUGUUGGCCUGGACCAGGUUCUGAUGGAGCGCUGUAGCAGCUUUAUGCCAGAAAACUCAUGAGAAACUACAAGAUCACCUCAGUUUUAACGUACCUGUCCUGGUUUGAUGGCUGCACGAUGCCGGGUUUGGAUAUUUGUACAUGACCAGAGUGAACUCUCAGCUGAAGGGUGAGUGUCUGACCAGCUUGAGCUCUGACAGAAGAGCUCGAAAAUGUAUCUCGUCUGCAUUUGACAAACUGAUUCAUCAACACAGAAAUAAGAUCAUCAGAAAGUCCCUGACAAGUCUGGACACACAGCUGAGGGACAGAAGAAGAAGGGCAACGUUGCAAACACUCUGGAUGUCCUGCCACGUGUUUGGACGCUGGAAGAUUAUUUGAGUAGAAAAGCAGAGACAAGUUCUGGCUUUGGAGGCAGUGCUGGGGACAGUGGUGUAAUUUCAGCCAAAGGGAUACAAAGUGAAACUGAAAGUGAGUGAAGGGAGCACAGAUGGAGAAGAAAGAGCCGUGAGAGGCUGCUUCAAGAGAGAAAUAAGAUGUCAUCAAGAGGCUGGAUAACGUCACAGGACUUCAUCUAAAACCUAAAACUGUUAAGACAAGAAACUCCACAUCACCUGUUUUGAGCAACAGCUGGAUUUCUCUCUGAGGCCCUGAAAGUUUACCUCUUGUAGACCUCCCCAUCAUGGAUCCUCAGGGUGGUCCCUACCUCAACAGGAAGGCCCUCCUCUCACCUCUGGGUGCUGCCCGUCUCUGUCAGCUGGCUAUGGGAUGUGCUGUGAUCGCCAUGGUAACCCACAGCGCCGGCUAUAGCGGUUCCCACGGCAUCUUCUGCAUGGCGGCGUGGUGCUUCUGCUUCGCCAUGACAGUUCUGGUGUUCUUCCUGGACGCCACUCGUCUCUACAGCUACCUGCCUGUGUCCUGGGACAACCUCACGGUCACAUGUGCCGCCUUUGCGACGCUCCUCUACGUGACGGCCUCUGUGGUUUAUCCUCUCUUCUUCGUCCGAUCUGAGUGUCCCUACGCCGGCUGUGAGGUCCGAGAUUUCCGCAUCGCUGUUGCCGUCUGCUCCAUCUUGGGCACUCUGGCCUACGGGGCUGAGGUGGUCUUGUGCCGAGCCAGGCCGGGCCAGAUCGUGGUGGGCUACAUGGCCACCGUCUCCGGCCUUCUCAAAGUGGUUCAAGGCUUCGUUGCCUGCAUCAUCUUUGGAUCUCUGGCCAAUGGGAGCCAGUAUUCCCAUUAUGCCGCCACUAUCUACUGCGUCGCGGUCUACGCGUUCUCCUUCACUCUGACAGCAGUGGUGGUCAUAAUGACGGUGUGCAGGCGGACCAAGGCGGUGCGCUGCAUGCCCUUUGAUCGCUUUGUGGUGGUGUGCACGCUCCUGAAGGUGCUGCUCUACCUGAGUGCAUCAGUGAUAUGGCCAGUGUUCUGUUUUGACGCAAAAUAUGGCUCCCCAUGGAGACCGUCGUCAUGUCCACGAGGGAAAUGCCCGUGGGACAGCAAGCUUGUGGUGGCGGUGUUCUCCUUCGUCAACUUUGGACUUUAUUUGACGGACCUGAUCUACUCUCAGAAGACACGAUUUGUCUCCUCACCGGUGUCCGCUAACGCACGGGUUUAGCUCCGUUUGGAAACUUAAUGUCACAUCACUGGUUUUAACAGGUUUAACCCUCUGAACCCCAAGCAGUUUCUGGGUGCUUUUAGCUUCUGUCACAUUUUCACUCACUGUGGUCUCAUUUUUCACUGCAGUAUAAAGUCCUAAACCUCUGUGGAAACAGCACAAUCAUGGCUGGAAGUAGAUGGAAAUCAAAAAUGCCUAUUGUGCAGUGUGAAAUACUUAUAAUGCCUUAAAUCAUUGAAAAAAAAAAAAGAAGAAGAAGAAGUUGAAUAUAUUUGAGUACUGAGAAUAAAACCGGGAACAUGUACAACAUAUCUCAAAGUACCCACAGGUAUUAAUAAUACUUGAAAAAUAAAAAGUGGUUCUACACACCACAGAUUUUUUACUCUUUACAUUUUUACAAAGCCUGCAGCCAAAGUCUGCAGAAAAGUCCUUGAAAUUUGAGGAGUGCACAUUUUUAUUCUUCUUCUUCUUUUUAAAAGAAUCCGAUGAUUACAAAUGUUUGUU